GCCGUUUGCUUUUCCAUCGCUUCCCCUUUUACCCAUAACUCACAACCACCCCCACAAAAUAUGUCCGCCCCUCAGCCCGCCUCUGCCACCAUCUUUCCCCCCGGCGUCACCCCCUUCGCCCAGCGAAGGCUCCCCAAGACCAUCUGCAUGUUUGACGUCGAUGGCACCCUUUCUCUCGCCCGUCAGAGCGCGACCCCCGAGAUGUUUGCUACCCUCCGCAAACUCCGUGAGAGCUGCGCCAUCGCCUUUGUGGGUGGCUCCGACCUCACCAAGAUCCUGGAGCAGGUCGGCGGGGACCAAGGGCUGAGCAAUUUUGACUAUGGGUUUGCAGAGAAUGGGUUGAUCGCGUACAAGUUGGGCCAGCAGCUCGAGUCGGCGAGUUUUAUCAAGCAUGUAGGAGAGGAGGAGUAUAAGAAGCUUGUCAAUUGGAUUUUGAGGUAUCUCUCCGAAGUGGACAUUCCCAUCAAGCGAGGCACGUUUGUCGAAUUUCGAAACGGUAUGAUCAACGUCUCCCCUAUCGGCAGAAACGCAUCCAUCCAGGAGCGAAUCGAUUUUGAAAAGUAUGACAAGGAGCAUGGUAUUCGGGGAGACAUGGUCGCCAAGCUCGAGCGAGAGUUUUUGCAUCUUGGAUUGACUUUUGCGAUUGGCGGUCAGAUUAGUUUUGACAUUUUCCCCAAGGGCUGGGACAAGACAUAUUCGCUUAGGCAUAUCGAGGGUGAAGGCUUUGAAGAGAUUCACUUUUUCGGCGACAAGACCUACAAGGGCGGUAAUGAUUAUGAGAUCUUUUCCGACCCCCGAACUAUCGGUCACACCGUCACCAGCCCCGAGCAUACUAUGCAGCUCCUCGACGAGUUGUUUUUGACGACUGCUCCUUGAAAGGCGUGAAACGUUUGCUUUUGGCAUGUGGAUGAGAGGUAGCGCAGAGCGGUGGCAGUUCGGCUAAGGUGUGGUUCGUUUGUUUUGGAUUUUUGGCUUGGCUUGGCUGGGAAAAGGCAAUGGGAUCUCUCAUCUCGCGCGUCACAUUUUGUUCUCAUCUUUCAGUUUUUUCUUAAAUAGAGAAUGGAAAACCGGAAAAUAUCUGUUAUGAUGAUUUAUUUCGCAUCAUUACAAUCUUGUUACAUGCAACAACAGUCUCGUACAUAC